AUAAUAUUAAAUUUUAUAAAUUCAACUGUUUAUUGAAUUGUAUAUAAAAUUACUAAAUCACUAAAGUAUGAAUUUAACCGAAAAAACAAAAAUAUGGGUAUUUAUUUUUGCCUCUGGCGAAAGAACAAAUAGAACUCCGUUUUCAAAGCCGGAGGAGAUCUAGAGACAGACCGUGUUUUCCUUUUUAGGUUGCAGCAGAACUUGAGUUAAGUUGAACUUUGCCUCGUGUCUCCGGACUCAAAUGACGAUGCCAACAGAGAAUGGGAACUCGACAACAAUUGAAGUACCAUUCAUACAAGCUCAGAAUGAAGAAGAUGAUACCACCCAACUUCUCUCCAAGUUUCUCAAUCGCUUAGAGACCUUUUUAAGGCUAUUUGGUUUUUGUCAGUCCUCCUUUUUCAGCUUUGUACUCUCAUGGCUCUCUUUUCUGCUUCUGGGUAUACUUCUUCCUGUCUUUAUGAUCAUGUUCUCUGCUUCUGCCAACUUUAACAAGUACCAAAUCAACAGCUUCGAGUUUCAGAUUUUGGCGUUUCAGUCUCUUGCUGCUGCCAUCUCUCUUCUUUGCAUAUCACAUAAUUUGAGAAAGUAUGGCGUCAGGAAUUUCCUCUUUGUGGAUAGGUGCCAUGGUCACUUAAAAGAAUUUCAUCAAGAAUAUGCAGACAAGAUUCAUGAUUUCUUCUUGCUGCUGGCAGUAUGGGUAAUACCAUGUCUACUUCUGAAGAUUGUUCGUGAGGUCAUUCGUUUUAUCUAUGUCCCUCAUGAUCCUUGGUGGGUUUCUUUGGCUAUAUUGAUUGCUUUGAUUAUCUCAUGGACUUACUCGACAAUAAUCUAUCUGUCUGGUUGUGCUUUAUUCAAUCUAUUGUGCAAUCUGCAAGUGAUACACUUUGAAAGUUAUGGGAAGCUUUUAGAGCAGGAUGCGGAUGUUUUACUAUAUAUUGAGGAACAUGUUCGUCUGACACAUUAUCUAUCUAAGAUAAGCCACAGGUUUCGAAUCUUCUUCAUUUUUGAGCUCUUGGUUGUGACAGCUAGUGAGGUUGUGGCUUUGUUCCAAACGACAGGCAACAAAGGAAUUAUCAAUCUCAUAAAUGGCGGUGAUUUUUUAAUUGCUUCCGUAGCUGAGCUUGUUGGAUUAGUAAUCUGCCUGCAUGCAGCUGCAAAGACUACACAUAGAGCUCAAGCUGUUGCAUCAACUGCUUCCAAAUGGCAUGCUUUAGUUACUUGCAGCUCCAGCAAAGCGGCUGCAUCAAGUAGUAUUAGAGAUUUCAAGGGUCCCAAUAUGGCCAGCUCAAUGCGAAUAAAUUACUCUCAAUGUGAUCUGGAGUCGGUUGACUACGUGCCGGUGCCCACCAAUUCCCAAUUGACUUCAUCCACUCAAGCAUAUGACAUGAGACAAGCUUUUGUGGCAUAUUUGCAGUCGAAUCCUGGAGGUUUUUCUAUUUUUGGAUGGAUGAUUGAUCGGACACUCAUCAACACUAUCUUCUUUCUUGAGAUCUCGUUUGUCAUGUUUGUGCUCGGGAAGACCCUAACUUUCACUCCUAAAUAACAAAAACUUCACUAUAUCCUGACCUUUCUGUUCGCCCCAAUUGCUUUUCUUUUUUGAGCUGUAGGGCAGAACCAGGAACUGUAAACUUAUUCUUACAUCUUGAUAUGAUCUGCACAUCCGAUGUAUCAAUUGUUAUAACCACUAGCUAAGUUUAGAAUUAAUGAUAGUCUAACAGCUGCAUUAGGAUGAUGUGGAAAGUGAAGUUUGAUGCAGAUUUACCUCUAGGUUUUUUGUAGGUUUGUCCUAGAGAAAACUCUUGUAGUUCCCAAAGAACAAAAUUUGUACCUACUUUCUCUUUUCUAAUGUGAUGUUUUCGUAGGAAA